UUGCUCCAAUAAGCUGUAGUUUGGUGAGUUUGGAUGCAUAAACAUCCCUUAAUUCAUGUAAAAACAGUCUCUUACGUUUUCUGGUCCUGGAAAGAUAUCCACCAAACUAAGGAUUCCAUCAGUAGUAUAUUUAAUGAUGAAACUUAUGAUUGAAUCUUAACUUCAGAACAAUGUCAGACCCCCAUGGAUGGACUCCAAAUUUAUAAAUCCUAAUCUAAUUUAUCCCCGUUGUUCGAUGUGUGAUGAUAAAGACAGAUUAGGACAAUGCAUAAUUAACCCCAUGGGGUUAGGGGUUUGAUUAAUUUUAAGUCUGUGCUUGUCCACGGUCUUCUCGAAUUCAGUAAACCUUCGGAAAAAAGUUUGAACGUUUUGCUGAGGUUUUCUCGUCAUACUUUAUUACUGACUUUUCGAACAAUAAUACUUAGUACAAAUUUUUCUCACAGAUCAUAUACUCGUAGCGAUGCCGAUUGCUCCAAAUACAUAUCGGGGUGUUUCCCAACCAUCAUGUUUAGCCAAAGUAAAGUUUGGAUUUUUAAUGGGGUUCUGUGUUGGUGUAGCAACUGGUGCUAUAUUCGGCGGAUUCAAUUGUUUAAGAUACGGUUUACGUGGACGUGAAUUAAUUCAAACGGUUGGCAAAGGCAUGUUUCAAGGUGGAGGUACUUUUGGCAUGUUUAUGGCUAUAGGAACUGCCAUCCGUUGUUAAUAAUUCUCAUUAGUUUUUUGACAUCUCAAUUCCAUGUAUGCCUUCUUCGAUCUGUUUUGUUCUUCUCAAAUGCAGAAAUGACCUGUAUCUACUAACAUUCUAUGGUGUGCUUAUGAUGAGGAAACAAAGCUUAGAUUUAGGAGUCAUAGUAUUUUACUAUCUACUUAUCUUUUCUUGUUCCGAACAUUGAUUCGUUUUAAUGUAUGACUGAAUUUAUUGGGUAUGAAAUAUUUUCUAAAGUUGCUGAUAAGUUUUUUUCAAUAAUCCAUGUACAUAAAUAUACAUUACACCUUAGUGAUU